AUGUCGCGCCCGCUCAACAUCCUCAUCCUCGGCGGCGGCAUCGCCGGCCUGGCGCUCGCUGCGGCGCUGCGGCAGCGCAGCGAGCACCGCGUCGUCGUGCUGGAGCGCGGCUCGCUGCCCGGCGUGCCGGCGGCGCUCAUCGCCAGCGGCCUGCAGCGCGGCCACAGCGACGUGCCCGAUGCGCAGGACUACGGCAUCGCCAUUGCGCCCAACGGCACACGCAUGCUGCACAUCCUCGGCGUCGCCAAUCCCGUGGCUGCGCUCGGAGGCAAGCCGCUGCAGGAGAUCUCGACUCGCUCGGCUGAGAAUGAGGAGUCUGAAAACUCGUCCUACCCGCUGGACCCCUCGGCGCCGGCCUUCUUCUGCCGGCGCUCGGCGAUGGUCCGCACACUCGCUCAGGCGGCCGCUUCGCCAAUGCUGCCUGGCGCAGCAGUGCAGAUCCACAUCAACGUGCCCGUGGCGGAGCUGGACGUCCAGACCGCACGCUACGGCGAGCACUGCGGCGAUCUCAUUGUGCUCGCUGACGGCCUCUCGAAGGCUGGCCGGGCUGCCGUCGUCGAUGCGCAUGGCCUGCCCGCCGAGCUGCGCGACGCCAAUACGGCACAGCUGGCGUACAUGGGCCUCGUACCCGCCAGGGCCCUGGCGCCCUUCUCGCACCUGCACGACGACGGAGUGCCCCGUGGCUGCUUGGCGAACUGGACGUGGGACCCGCCGCACGCAGCGGAAGAGGAGGCAGACGAGGCCGCGGAGAUGGCUCGCCGCGGCCGCGCCCAGCAGCGCCUCAUCCUCUACCCGCUCGGCGACGAUGCGCUGCAGCUCUUCGCCUACCAGCCCGCCACGGCUGCGCUGCUCGAACGCUUCCCACGAGGAGGCGCACAUGGCAGCCGUGCCGGCUUCAUUCGCGACGUUGAUGCAAAGGAAGCCACAGAGGUGUUUGCCGCCUUUGCUCCCGAGGUGCAAGAGCUGCUUCGAUCAUGUCCGACGCUUGACCUGGCGCAGAUUCGCGAUGCACCCUGCCUCGACAAUUGGGCUGCCGGCCGAGCGGUGCUCGUGGGCGAUGCAGCGCACGCGACGCUUCCUCACACCGGCCAGGGCAGCGCACAGGCGCUCGAGGACGCCGAGGCGCUUUCCUACCUCCUGGCGCCACUGCGCGCCGAGCCCAGCAGCGCAAGCACGGAGGCGGCCGCCGUGGCGAGCCUCGACGAGGCCCUCGCUGCCUUCGUCGCCGUGCGUACGCCGCGCGCGCACAUGGUGCAGCGCACCGCACGCAUGCUCAACGGCUGUCUUGCGCCCGGCGAGGCGCAGUACAUGCGCGACUGGGACGAGGUCAGCUACAUGAUGAGCAUGCUGACGUACGCCGGCGUCGAGCAGCAGCUGGCGGCACAGCAGUGA